GCUACUGGGAAGGCUGAAAGCAGCACCUGUGCUGAACUGGGAAGGCCUGGGAGCUACUGGGGAGGCUGAAAGCAGCACCAGCUCUGAACUGGGAGGGACUGGGAAGGACUGGGAGCUGCACCUGCGCUGAACUGGGAGCAACGAGCCGCCAUGUUGCCGUUGCCGGGACGGCGUCUGCUGGUGCCGUUGGCGCUGUCGUCGCUGCUGCUGUUGGGGCUGUGGGGCCCUCGCGGCCCCGAAUCGCUCUUCUCGCUCAGUGCCAAAGACGCUCCCGACGGCCUUCGCGGCACCACCGCUGCCACCGCGACGCCAACGCCGCCGCCGCUCCGCCGCCACGCGCUGCAGCCGCCGUACCCGCACCCUUACCGCUUCCUCAUCAACCAACCGCACAAAUGCCGGGAGCGGACGCCGUUCCUGGUGCUCCUGGUGGUGACGGAGCCGCGCGACGUGGAAGGCCGGAGGGUCAUCCGGCAAACGUGGGGCAACGAGAGUUCGGUGCCCGGCGUCACCGUCGUCCGGCUCUUCCUCGUGGGCCUUCACCCGGUGUUCGGGAAAGAGCUGCGGGCGCUGCUGGAGGAGGAGAACGCCCUCCACGGGGACCUCCUCCAGCAGGACUUUUUGGACACCUACCACAACCUCACCCUGAAGACGCUGAUGGGGAUGGAGUGGGUGGCGAAGCACUGCCCCAACGCCUCUUACGUGGUGAAGGCCGACCGCGACGUCUUCCUCAACGUGGCGUUCCUCGCCGAGCGCCUCUUGGUGCCCCUCAAGAAGAACUUCAUGACGGGUUACAUCUACCGGCGGUCGCAGCCCAUACGGCACAAGGGCUACAAGUGGUACGUCCCGGCCGAGGUUUACCCCAACGCCACGUACCCGCCCUACUGCGGCGGCCCCGCUUACGUCCUCUCCGGCGAUUUAGCCGCCAAAAUCUACGGCGUGGCCCAAACCUUGAGGGUCAUCAACAUGGAAGACGCCUUCAUGGGGAUCUGCCUUCACGCUUUGGGCGUCGGCAUCACCAACAGCCCUUGGGGCGCCUUCAACAUGCACCGCGUGCCGUACGAGGCGUGUCGGUUCGACCGGCUCGUUAUGGUUCACCAUUACCAACCGGCGGAGAUGCUGCGGCUUUGGCCUCGUUUCCAGGAGGAGAAGCGGAAGUGUCGCCAUUAACCGCAGCCGACGGCACCGCCUUCGCCUCCUCCGGUGACUUUGCAGCCGGUCGCGCCGGCUCCAAACCUCAAAGCCUUUGGUGAUGCCAUCGGUGCCGUCCCCUCUUCCACCGCACUGAGCCACAGCGGCACCGGAGACGAACGCUCCGGUUCAGCCGCGCCACUCCCCUUCGCUUUAGGACUCAUAGUAUUAUUAAUUAUUAUUAUUUUUAUUAUUAUUGAUAACGGCAAAGUUGCGCCGGAGCCAAUGGAGGUAAUAAAAGCCUCACCCACCGUCUGCUCUCUCCCGGAAACCGUUGGGGCUUCGCCGUCCAAUCCGGAAAGCGACCGCUAUCGCCACAACGCCCGCGGUGUUUGCCGAGGCGGCGGCGCCGCGUUGGGCGCAGGUUCGGCCCCGGCAACGGCACAGAGGGGGCAAAGUUUAUUCCAAAGGGAAGGGUGAUAAGAGAUACGGAGCCGGCGGCAACCGGCAAAGAGGAAAGGGAGGGUUUGGUGGGAAAAAGGGGAGUUUUG